AGCUAAGACGCGGUUGCACAAGAAAUAACAAUACUUUGUACUUCAAGGCUCGCCGAGCGUUUUGCAAACGCAUAAGCUGAACUUGUUCUUGACUUGGGUCUCCCAUAGGGCCGCGCCCUAGAGCGGCGCUAGCUAUAGUGAAAUGGAGCAGGUGGAGGCACAGGCACGGGCGCUGCUCGCGCAAGCGACAGCGCAUGCCGCGCCCAUCGUCGACGAGGUGGCAAAGCUGGCGCUUCCAGUCGCAGAGCCUGUCUACAAGGCGCACUUGCAGUUCCAGGAGUUCCUUUCGGCGAACCACAACCUGAUCCCACACAUGGCUUGGGAAGAGAGUGCAUCUGGAACGUUGGGCCUCUCGCUCUCCCAGUUUCGGUUUACGCUUGCCCUAUUCGCUAGCGUGAUUCUAGUCGCUGGCGUGCGGCUUUUCCGCAACCCCACACUGCGGCACCUGUACGCGGUGGCCACGGGCAUCCUGAUCAUCUACUACCCCUUCGGCAGCAGCAUAAUGCAUGUGCUGCCGAUGGCCGUGGCCGCGUACCUAGCGAUGCUGCUGGCGCCUCGGCGGGCCGGGCUCAUUGCCUGGUGCACCGUGUUCCCCUAUCUCAUCUACCUUCACGUGGUGAACGCCAGUGGCGAGUCCUGGAAGACGGGCAACAUGGACUUCACAGGCGGCGCCAUGGUGGCGGUGCUGAAGCUCAUCUCCAUCUGCGUGUGCCGCGCCGACAGCUUCCGCAAGAACAAGGAGGACCUGUCUCCCUACCAGUCCGCGCACCAGCUGACGCGCACGCCGUCGCCCCUGGAGUUUGUGAGCUACCUGUUCGGGCUGGGCAACCUGCUGGCCGGCCCCUUCUACGAGUUCAGCGACUACAAGGCGUUCAUGAGCCUCAAGGGGCCCUGGGACCCCAAGGGCCCCUCGGGCGCGGGCGGCCGCCGCCUGCCGCCAGUGCUGCUGCACGGCCUGGCGGCGCUGCUGGAGGGGCUGUGGCACAUGGGCGUCUACCUGGCGCUCACUCUCAACGGCUGGAGCAUGGAGCACUACCACUCGGACUGGUACUACUCCCAGCCGCUGUACAUCCGCGUGGGCUCCUUCUGCGUCAUCGGCGCCGUGUACCAGCUGCGCUACUACUUCACAUGGAAGAUCACGGAGGCCAGCUACGUGUUCGCGGGGCUGGACUGGCAGGGCUGGGCCGCAGACGGCAAGCCGCAGUGGGGCCGCUGCCGCAACUGCUCCUUCCUGGGGGUGUGGCUGGCGGACUCGGCGCGCAACGUGCCGCUCAACUGGAACAUCGCCACGGGCGUGUUCCUGCGCCGCUACGUGUACGAGCGCGUGGCUCCGGCGCCGCCCCGCAAGCCCGGCUUCCAGUCGCUGCUGUUCACGCAGCUCAUCAGCGCCGUGUGGCACGGGCUGUACCCGGGCUACCUGCUGUUCUUCACGGGCACAGCCGUGUGGAUCUACUUCUCGCAGGUGGUGUUCAAGGCCGAGGCCUACCUGCCCAAGGCGCUGGUGGCCAGCCUGCCGUACCGGGCCGUCAAGAUCGCCUGGACCACCUUCGUGCUCAACUACAUGGCGGCGGCUUUCCAGCUGCUGGACUGGCAGCAGAGCAUCACCAGCUAUGCCUCCGUCGCCUUCUUCCCAUGGAAGGUGAUGCUUGUGGUGAACGUGCUGGGUAGCUUCAUCAAGCCCAAGCGCAGCCCCAAGCCCAAGGCGGGCGCGGGGGCCGCCAACGGCAGCGCUAACGGCGCAAAGGCGAAUGGCGUCAAGGCCGAGUGAAGGCCGAGGCAUCACGAUGCGCUGCAGACCACAGCAGACCGCAGAGGAUGAGCCUGUGCAAGCCGCGCGUUUCCGGAAAUGUGGUGUAUGGUACUUCCCGUCUUGCUACUACGGCGCUAAGCACGAGCUGGCACGAUUCUGUGCCUGAGGUUGAGUAGCGCGCCUUGUGUCGCGAAUAGGCGAAAUGCUGACUGACACUCUUUGCUCUUAAAGAUCCUAGAAAGGCAUGGUCCAUGGGCAGCUGCACCCAGGCUGCUGCUGUGGAUCGCCGGGGGUCGCUCUUGCAUAGCAGUCGUGGUGGCACCUGAGGUAGGACGUGACGUGCACAGAUGACACUUGCUGUUUUUUGUGGGUGCGGGUUGGGGGGAGGCAGCAUCAGGCCAAAUUUUGAGGUGUUGUUGGCAACUGGCAAGAAGAGCUGAUAUACGGGUUGUGUUGUGUGAUGUCCUGAUGAUGGAAGAUGCGGGGCUGGCUUAAGCCCUCGAGGCCUGACAGGCCGACAACAACUGGGUUGUGUUGUGCAUCGCGGUGUAUCAAGAAGGCACCUAGUGAGGAAAUGGCUGCGCAUGUGCUCCUAUGUGAUCUUGGGCAUGGCUAGCGGGGGGCUUACGC